UGUUGGGGGGAGUUAAAUUAAUUUGUCGGGAGCGGCUGAAACGGCAGUCAAACAGCGACUUACUACGGGUGAACAUUUAUCUGUUGUUGGUGUUGUAGCUUUUUUGGCUUUAAUAGUCCCGCUGGCUUAUCUUGAAGACAGCUGUUUCAGGAAGAUGGAUUCAAAAGAUGACAAGCAAAACGUGCCGUGCAGCAGCCCUGUUUGCGUGCACAACCCACACCUGGAUGCGCUGAAAGAUGACAUCCUCUACCACUUUAGUCUCGGAACAGGGACUCAUGACCUACCAGCUAUGUUUGGUGAUGUCAAAUUUGUGUGUGUUGGGGGCAGUCCCUGGAGAAUGAAAGCAUUUACUGAGUACAUUGCUGCUGAGCUCAGUAUGGAAGACCCCAAAGCAGAGUACCCAAAUAUCUGUGCUGGAACAGAUCGCUAUGCCAUGUACAAAGUUGGCCCUGUCCUCUCUGUCAGUCAUGGGAUGGGCAUUCCAUCAAUUGCCAUAAUGUUGCAUGAGCUAAUAAAGCUCCUCCAUCACGCACAUUGCACAGGUGUUACAAUUAUACGCAUUGGGACAUCAGGUGGAAUAGGGCUUGAACCUGGCACUGUUGUUGUUACCAAACAGUCUGUGGAUGCCACUUUCCUGCCCAAGUUUGACCAGGUGAUCCUGGGUAAGAUGGUGGUGCGCAGUACUGAUUUGGACCAAAACCUGGGUGAGGAACUGUUGCAGUGCAGCAAAGAGCUGAACCAGUUUGAGACAGUGAUGGGGAACACUAUGUGUACACUGGAUUUCUACGAAGGGCAAGCCCGUUUGGACGGUGCUUUCUGCUCUUACUCUGAGAAAGAUAAGCAGGACUAUCUCACUAAAGCCAGAGAAGCAGGAGUUUGCAAUAUUGAAAUGGAGUCAUCAGUUUUUGCUGCUAUGUGCAAGCUGAGUGGUUUACGAGCGGCUGUUGUUUGUGUGACGCUUCUGGAUCGGCUGAAGGGGGAUCAGCUGAACAGCUCUCAUGAAGUUCUUCACAGUUACCAACAACGUCCUCAGACACUGGUUGGUUAUUACAUAAAGAAGCAGCUGAAGGCCAAAGCAGAACCUAACUGAGAGUAAGUCAUUACACUGGUAUGCAAGCAUAUAUCAAAUUCUGGGUAUCUCCUCUUCACACUGAAAGCAUGGUGCAAAGGAAUAACUGAGCUUUAAACUUUUUUUUUAUAUACAUGCAUUCCUGCCCACUGGUAGCUAAGUCUUGAAUAAUGUCCUGAAUAAUCACUGAAUUUUCAAAUGAGACAUUGCCUUCUAUUUAUUCUUUCACUGAUUUUACUAUCAUAAUAAAAUGUCACAGACUGUAUUUCACUUUCAUUUUCUCUUGUAUUUACCUCUAAUCAUUUAGCUGAGCUUUAAAUGUAACAUAGAAGCCUGCGGUCAUCAAAUAUGUUUUACCUAAGGAUGCCUCAAUUUUUAUAUUCCCCAUCUGUAAAACUUGAACCAGAAUCACCUUAACUGCCAUUAUUGAAGUGUUCCUUGUUUCAUUAAUGCUGUCAAAACUCUGAAACUGCAAAAUUUGUGUCCUUGUGAUAAAAGCUCCCUAUAUGUAUGUGGAGUGUGUGUGUGUGUAUGUAUGUGUGUGUGUAUAUAU